AAGACUAUGGAUCAGGGGAAUUAUUCUAAGGUGACUGAGUUUAUGUUAUUGGGACUCUCUAGUUCCUGGGAGCUGCAGUAUUUCUUCUUCAUGUUUUUUAACUUCUUAUACAUCGCCAUUGUCCUGGGCAAUCUCCUCAUUGUUCUUACGGUGGUAUUUGAACCUACUCUGCAUACACCCAUGUACAUUAUGCUCACUAACCUUUCUGUUCUUGAUGUUUGUCUGGCCACUUAUGCAACCCCCAAGAUGAUCCAUGAUUUCCUUCAUGAAGCCAAGAUCAUCUCCUUUGAGGGCUGCAUGGCCCAGAUAUUCUUGCUCCACGUCUUUGCUGGUGGCGAGAUGGUGCUCCUUGUAGCCAUGGCAUAUGACAGAUAUGUAGCCAUAUGCAAACCUUUGCAUUAUACAUCCAUCAUGAACUCAUGCAAAUGUACAAGCCUGGUGGUGGGCUCUUGGGUCAUUGGCGUUAUACACUCCUUGAGCCAGUUAGCUUUCACCAUCAACUUGCCCUUUUGUGGGCCAAACAUAGUGGACAGUUAUUAUUGUGACCUCACUUUGGUCAUCAAACUUGCCUGUACAGAUACGUAUACCCCUGAAGUGUUGAUGCUUUUGGACAGUGGUCUUAUGGGGAUGACUUCAUUCUUGCUCUUGCUGAUCUCCUACACAGUCAUUCUGGUCACUGUGCGACGUCAUUCCUCAGCAGGCAUGGCCAAGGCCCGCAGCACCCUGACUGCCCACAUCACGGUGGUGACCCUCUUCUUUGGACCCUGUAUCUUCAUCUAUGCCUGGCCUUUCAGCAGCUUACCAGUGGAUAAAGUAUUUUCUGUGUUCUCUACUGUUUUUACGCCUAUACUGAACCCCAUUAUCUACACAUUGAGGAACAAAGAGGUAAAAUCAGCUAUGCAUAAACUGAAGACCCAGUAUAUAAACUACAGGCUUCCUUCCCAACUCUCACUCGCAAGAAUAAAUUUGUUGAACUGA